ACAAGGAAUGCUCGUCUGUAGGUUUAUCCUAAUGAUUUAUAUAGCUAAAAUGUGUAACAGAGCGUAUGUACAUUUGCUCGGCCCUGCCUUAAAGCAUCUUCAUCCACUGAGGGAAAAAAAGAUGCCGCUGUAAAACUUUUCAGUGCUGACGAGAGAAAGGGAGAGAAUUGACGCGAUGGGUGAGGACGAUAAAACAGAGUGAAGAACUUUUCAUACGGCCCUUCGUCGGCAAAGAGGAUCAGUAUGAUCACAUAGAUACCAUCUUUAUUGGUUCAAUGAAAAGAGACAAAAGUUUUGGGCGAAGUAUGGCGCGAGAGACCGGAGAGUCUGGAGAAACGAAAAGUACCAAAGUGAAAAAGCAUAAAAGAAGGAAAAGCAAAAAGGAGAGCAAAACAAGGAUUGUGCACGCCAAUAUCUUAUAUGACCAUACCAAAGGAGGGGAUAACCCCAACAGACACUAUGCAAACAAUAAGAUCAAAACCACAAAAUACACGCUGCUUUCUUUCCUACCGAAGAACCUCUUCGAGCAAUUCCACCGAUUUGCCAACGUGUAUUUUGUUUUCAUAGCCUUACUGAAUUUCGUGCCUGUGGUCAAUGCUUUUCAACCAGAGUUGGCUCUUGCCCCUGUGGUUUUUAUUUUGUCCGUUACCGCUAUCAAGGAUUUAUGGGAGGAUUACAGACGACACCGCUCGGAUAAAGAAAUCAAUCAUAUGGACUGUCUCGUUUACAGCAGGAGUGAGAAACAGUAUGUGGAGAAAUACUGGAAAGAGUUGCGGGUCGGAGACUUCAUACGUCUGCGCUGCAAUGAGAUUCUGCCAGCGGAUGUUCUGCUGCUCAGCAGCAGCGACCCGGACCGCCUGUGUCACAUUGAGACGGCCACACUGGACGGCGAAACCAACCUCAAGCAGAGGCAGGUGGUGCGCAGCUUUAUCGACCUGGACUGUGAGUUUGACCCAUUAAAAUACUGCAGUGUUAUUGAAUGUGAGAAGCCCAACAAUGACCUCAACAGAUUUCGUGGAUACAUAAUUCAUCGCAGUGGUAGGAGAGACGGUCUGUACAAAGACAAUCUGCUGCUCAGGGGCUGCACCAUCCGCAACACAGAGGAGGCUGUCGGAAUCGUCAUCUAUGCAGGUCAUGAGACAAAAGCAAUGCUGAACAACAAUGGCCCUCGUUAUAAACGCAGCAAACUGGAGCGGCAGAUGAACGUUGACGUGUUCUGGUGUGUCAUCAUCCUCCUGGUCAUGUGCCUCUUUUCUGCCAUUGGGCAUGGCCUAUGGAUGUUUCAGUAUGGAGAUAAGAAGCCUGUCUUUGACGUCCUGAGCCCAGAAGGAACAGACAUAUCUCCAGUGGUCUCAGCCAUUUAUCUCUUCCUGACCAUGAUUAUAGUAUUCCAGGUGUUGAUCCCAAUCUCGCUCUUUGUUUCCAUUGAAAUAGUGAAGAUAUGCCAGGUGUACUUCAUCCAUCAGGACAUGGAGCUGUACGAUGAGGAAACGGACUCUCACCUCCAGUGCAGGGCUCUGAACAUCACAGAAGACCUUGGCCAGAUGCAGUACAUUUUCUCUGAUAAGACCGGCACGCUCACGGAAAACAAGAUGGUGUUUCGCCGUUGUACUGUGGCAGGAGUCGAGUACUCGCAUGAUGCCAAUGCGAGGAGGCUUGCUAUGUACCAGGAAAUGGAUUCAGAGGAGGAGGACUGUACAUCUCAUGGUGGAACUCUCCCACGGCGGGACAGCGUCACCAGCCACCAGAGUGGAAAAGUGGUGUUGAGAUCACAGAGCACCAAAUCUCACCGUCGUACUGGGAGCAGAGCUGAAGCCAAACGGGCCAGCAUUCUGUCCAAACACACUGCCUUCAGCAGUCCCAUGGAAAAGGACAUUACUCCAGAUCCCCAGCUCAUGGAUAAAGUCAAUGAGUGUAGUAGUCAGAUGGAGUUCAUGCGUUUUCACUGUCAGCCCCUGAACCAGAUUCCCCCUGACCUGUGUGACAUCUUUGACUUUUUCAUCGCCCUCACUAUCUGCAACACUGUGGUUGUUUCAUCACCCAAUCAACCCCGCCAGAAGAGGCUUGAUAUAGUAUAUGCCGAGCAAGCAGCUAUUGGCAUCCAGUGGAAACUGAUGAAGAGAAAUGAUUGCAAAGGAAAGCGACAAAGGAAAAUCUUGUAUAAAACUCAAAACUACUUAAAUCUUUAUGCUGCAGAUGGUCUCAGAACACUCUGUAUCGCCAAAAAGGUUCUCAGUAAGGAAGAGUAUGCAAGUUGGCUACAACGCCACCUGGAAGCUGAGACAGCCAUACAGAGGAGGGAGGAGCUGCUAUUUGAGUCUGCAUUACGACUAGAGACCAAUCUCCAACUUCUGGGAGCAACAGGUAUUGAGGACAGACUACAAGAUGGGGUUCCCGAGACCAUUGCCUCUCUGAGGAAAGCGGGCCUUCAGAUCUGGGUGCUGACAGGAGAUAAACAAGAGACUGCCAUCAACAUUGCCUAUGCCUGCAAACUACUGGACCCAGAGGAGGAGAUGAUCACUCUUAAUGCUGACUCACAGGAGGCCUGUGCUGUAUUGCUCGAGAACAGUCUGCACUACAUCCAGGCCAAGUUCCUUUGCAAUGCUCGACCAGAUCCUCAAGCAGCUAGAGACUAUUCUGGCAUCCACUUCUCUUCUCCAGUGUGUUCCUCGGCCUCCUCUGGCCACUCCAGCCCCUUCCUGGUGCACCGGCUAGGGCUGGUGAUCGACGGCCGGACCUUGGCCUACGCACUGGACAAGAGUUUGGAGGACAAGUUCCUUGCUGUGGCUCGAAGUUGCAGGUCCGUUCUAUGCUGUCGCUCAACGCCCCUGCAGAAGAGCAUGGUGGUCAAGUUAGUGCGUAACAAGCUCAAGGUCAUGACGUUGGCAAUAGGUGACGGAGCUAAUGAUGUUAGUAUGAUCCAAGUGGCUGAUGUAGGAGUGGGAAUCUCCGGACAGGAGGGCAUGCAGGCUGUAAUGGCCAGUGACUUUGCUCUGCCACGAUUUCGAUACCUGCAGAAGCUGCUCUUGGUUCACGGCCAUUGGUGUUACUCUCGUCUUGCCAACAUGAUCCUCUACUUCUUCUUCAAAAAUGCUAUGUUUGUUGCCCUCAUCUUCUGGUAUCAGUUCUACUGUGGGUUCUCUGGGUCAGCCAUGGUUGAUCAGUGGUACCUGAUCUUCUUCAACCUGAUGUUCUCCGCAUUCCCUCAGCUCAUCACCGGCACCCUGGACAAAGAUGUGUCAGCAGAAACCCUGCAGGAGUUGCCGCAGCUCUACAUGAAUGGGCAAAACUCAGAGGAAUAUAAACCCUACAUGUUCUGGAUGAACAUGAUUGAUGCCUUCUACCAAAGCCUCAUCUGUUUCUUCAUCCCUUACUUUGCUUACGUUGACUCUGAUGUGGAUUUGUUUACAUGGGGCACUCCCAUCACCACCUUGGCACUCUUCACCAUUUUGCUGCACUUGGGCAUCGAAACCAAAACCUGGGAGCGUCAACCUGGAAUGUGUGUAAUGAACGGUUCAGACGAGCACAUGGGAGGUUAUCCGUUUGUUCCGCAAGAGAAUAUUCCACGAUUCCGCAAAUGUCAGGGGCGUGCCGUAUUAUAG